AUGUCCUCGACUACUGAUACUCCUGAGAGCGAUCUGGACCCACCGACUACAGAGGUUAGUGAUACAUUUAAAGAGUUUCAUUGAUUUUUAUUUUUAGGCUGAAUCGAGUGAUCAACGGGAAAACGAACAAAGGACUCGACUCUUCUGGAGUGAUGGGCAUGUAGUGGAUGAAACUUAUGAAGAGGUAGGUGAAAGAAGACACAACGUUGUUUCACCUUUUCCAGUUGGAAGCUCCUGAUUUCAAUUAUGUGGAAGCUGGGUAUCUAGCCGAUGACGAGGUCUGUCUGCUUUUGAAGUUUAGUAAUCAUGAUGCAUGUUUUCAGAGUGAUUGCGAAGACGACGAUGUCAGGAGAUUCCCGAUGAAAGUGCUGAAGCGAUCGCACGAAUCUUCCAUUGCAAGCAGCCUCUUUCAAAGCGAUUCUGAUAGUUUCGAAGAAAAAGCAGAGCUCUGA